CGCUCCGGGUCCACUUGACUGUUAUAGUUCUUUUCUGGAACAAUAAGUGUCACGAUCUAUGGGGCAAAGAGCUUCCUGCCAAGGGGACGGACGGGAGGAUCUUAGGUAGCUCCUGUCAUCGAGAAAUGAAAUAGAUCAGAGUGAGCCUGGCUGCUUCCCCUGAUCUCAUCGAUGGCUACCCAAACACCAGGUGAAAGACAUAGUCCUCUCUCGUCGGCUGAAGAUGCUCACAGCCGAAUGGAGGCUUUCACUGGGAUAUUGGAUAGGGACAACAACAACAUUGGACUCUCAUUUCGAAAUCUCACUCUCCAAACGAACCUUUAAUCGACGACUACAAUCGCCAUAAUCGUCACGGCCGCUUUCCUGAGCCAUCUCCGCUGAUUCCCAGGAAGGGGCCAUGAUUGCUCCUUCCCAACAUGUCCACACAAAGCAAUCAAGGCGACUAUCGAUACAUAGACGAAUGCGCUGAGCGCAGAAGUUCUCUGUCCGAGCAGAGCCAUACAUCGGAGAACACCGUCGAGUACUCAAUUGAAGAUGAUUCAGAAGCGGGUUUAUAUCUCCUCCAUUCGGACUCGUCAGGGUCUGAUACAGAUGGGAAGGCUUGGAACCAGUCUAGUACAAGUAUCGUGCGGACGUUAGCAACCUUCUGGAGUUUCGCACUUAUGGGGGCCAACGAUUCUGCUCAAGGUGCAUUGAUGCCAUAUCUCGAGACAUGGUAUGGCCUCUCAUACACGACGGUUUCGUUGAUAUUCCUAGCCCCCCUGGCCGGUUCUGUUAUCGCUGCCUUCCUCAGCAGUCGGAUCCACUUCCGCCUGGGCCAGCGGGGACUUGCAUUCAUCGCCGGUAGCUGCCACAUUACUGCUUACACCAUCACCGCUUUCCAUCCUCCGUACCCGGUUGUUGUUUUCGCGUUUAUGAUCGUGGGGCUUGGUAACAGUCUCUCCGACUCCGCGUGGAAUGCAUGGAUCGGAAAUAUGCGCAGUGCGAACCAGAUGCUAGGCCUUUUGCAUGGUUUCUACGGAGCGGGUGCUAUGGCGAGUCCGCUUAUUGCUACGACCUUGGUCACAACACCCGGGGGAAAGUGGUAUCACUUCUAUUAUAUGAUGGCCGCGAUUGCAAUCAUCGAGACAGCCACAUCUGUCGCUUCAUUUUGGAAAAUGGACGGGCAGGCAUACCGUGAGGCUAAUGUUGGGCCACCUGAACCCAAGGAUGGGAACAUGGGAGAGACUCUAUUCGACAAGAAAAAUAGGAGGGUGACUUGGCUCUGUGCACUGUUUAUUCUGGGGUAUGAUGGAAUAGAAGUCACUCUUGGUGGCUGGAUCGUGACCUUCAUGAUGCGAGUUCGUCAUGCGGAUCCUUUUGCUUCUGGUAUCGUCGAGAUGGGGUUCUGGCUAGGUAGCACUGUAGGAAGCGUUGCUUUGGGCUUCGUAACUCCGCGCAUCGGAGAGCGAUUGGCAGUUGCCAUUUACUUGCCUACCCUCAUAGCUCUACAAGCGAUCUUCUGGCUUGUGCCCGAGUUUUAUGUUUCUGCUGUUACAGUUGCUCUUCAGGGGUUCUUUCUCGGUCCGCUUUAUCCAGCAGUCGUAGUAGCGGUCACGCAUCUGCUUCCUCGUCAUCUGCAUGUUGAUUCGAUUGGCUUCGCAUCCGCUGUUGGCGGCUGUGGUGCAGCUGGGCUUCCUUUCGUGGUAGGAACUCUUGCUCAGGCGAACGGAGUGAAAGUCUUCCAGCCAUUCGUAAUAGCCAUGCUAGGUGCUGUCCUAGUCAUCUGGCUGUGUCUACCGCUGGAACCGAAGAAAGAGAACAAAAAGCCGAUAGAAAUGCAAAUGGCGUGACUGGGAAGCUCCAGAUUUAAGGCGCCGGGCGCUAGAUUAUUUUCGACACAUUUAGACAGUUAAUAAUACACUAAUAGAUUUACUACAAUGCAUCAGCCAGCCGCAUUCGAUA